CGGUAUACACAUACGGAAAACUAGGGAACUUGUGAGACACACUUAAGUUUGGAGGGUCGUAUCCAUAUGCAUUAGUGCUAAUACACUAAUGUAGAUGUAACCAUAUGGUAAAGUCUGUGAAAGUGUAAUUUAGAAAGAUUACCACAAACAGUGAAAACAUAGAUAGUUCGAAUCUGAUUCAGUCCGAUUUAUAUUUAUUGACUUGCUACGCUCGUGUUUUAUGCGUGGUGUUUGACGUCAUGAGACAGUUUUGGUUCUUGGAUGACUCUGAAGAAUCUAAGCGAGAUAACAACAAUAACAUCGCUUGGAUGGAAUCCAGAGGCAUUAUUUCAGGAACGUGCAGGUUGAAAUAUUCACUGUGCCAUCUUAUGUGCUGUGGGACAAGAACACUGUGUUUAUUAGUAGAAGAAUAAGCUUUGUAUCUGUUAAUUUUAGUUAGUGCUGUCAGCUCGUGACUGACCUUAACUUCGCCUACCGAGUUUGUAAACACCAUAUUUUAAUAUCUGUGGAAAAUAUUGCUGCUGGUUUUGUAAUGGAGUCCUUUGUGGGUCUCUUUGACCCUUGUUGUCAGGAUGAAGGGUCACAUUUCACCAUCGACACAUUACCCGAAUAUUUACCUCCUGAAGCUGCAGACGGAAAUGUGGAGUACAAACUGAAGCUUAUUAGCCCUUCUCAGAGCCGUUUCGAACACUUAGUUACCCAGAUGAAGUGGAGGCUACGUGAAGGACAAGGAGAAGCCAUCUACGAGAUCGGUGUAGAAGAUGGAGGGAUGUUGGUCGGACUUAGUCAGUGCGAGAUGGAUGCAUCAAUGAAGACUUUGUAUCUGAUGGCUGAUAAACUUGGAGCCAGCAUAACCAUCCUUAGGGAACGGUUAAUAUACUGUGGAGGUGACUUUCUACCCAGGAAAGCUGCAGAGGUGUUGGUUCGGAAAGUUCCAGAUGAUCAACAGACUAUAGAGAUCAGAGUUGCUGUUCUGGGAAACAUGGACGUCGGGAAGAGCACUCUGUUGGGCGUCUUGACCCAGGGUGACGUGGAUAACGGUCGCGGCAGUGCCCGUCUUAAUCUCUUUCGACACUUGCACGAGAUACAGACGGGACGUACCUCCAGCAUUAGCCACGAGAUUCUGGGAUUCGACUCGUGUGGCAACCCUAUUACUUACAAAACGUGCCGUACGGCCGAGGAGAUAUGUGACCAGGCAACAAAACUUAUCACUUUCAUUGACUUGGCAGGACAUCAGAAGUACAUGAGGACCACCGUGUUUGGUCUCACAGGCCAUUCACCCCAUUUUGCUAUGCUAGUGGUUAGUGCUGUAACAGGCAUUGCAGGAACGACAAAGGAACACUUAGGAUUAGCCUUAGCUUUGGGCGUGCCCAUUGUUGUAGUCGUCAACAAGGUGGACCUGGCCAGCUCUCGUAUGCUUCACCAAACUCUAAGACAACUGGAAGACUUACUUAAGGGCCCAGGAUGUAACAAGGCUUGUGUGCAGGUGAAAUCUGUUGACGAUGCUUACAGCGCAGUGUCCAUGGUAACAGAUGGAAAUAUUGCUCCUGUAUUCACUGUAUCCUGUGUUACUGGAGCUGGAAUAGACCUUUUAUAUACUUUUUUAAAUGUAAUGCCUCCAAACAUUAGCGUGCUUGAAAGAGAGAGACUCAUACAGCUACCGACCGAAUUUCAGGUAGACGAAACCUUCAAACUGUCGGACGCCGGGAUCAUUGUAGGAGGUCUUUUAACACGAGGUGUUAUACGUGAGGGGGAUGAAAUUUCUGUGGGACCUUUGGAAGACGGUUCUGUGUAUCCCGUUAAGGUUGCAUCCAUUCAUAGGCACAAGAAACCGUGUCGAGUCGUGCGAGCUUGCGAGAGCGCAACCCUUGCUCUCGUCGGAUGUCAAAACAUAAACAUACGCAAAGGAAUGAUCCUGGCCAACUCUAACUCCCAUCCUCCAGUCUGUAUGUUUUUUCAGGCUCGUAUUAACCUGUUGUUCCACGCCACACAGAUCAUGGAAGGCUUUCAAACGACUGUUCACGUUGGAAACGUUAGGCAGACUGCCAUUGUUAUGAAAAUAAUGGGGACUAAAGGCCUAGUAACCAAUGACAAUGGUGCAGUCAUCUUCAGAUUCAUUAAACAUCCAGAAUGUAUCCGCCCCGGGGCCCAGUUGCUCUUUCGGGAAGGUCCCACAAAAGGGAUUGGUCAAGUGACCCAGGUGUUUAGAUAUUCAGAUUUAUCUCCUGUAAGCACCCACGCCCUUUAAUGUUUUCCCACGAGCGAAGUUCAUAUGUUUAUUUAGGGUGCACAGUUCAUUCUUACAAUAAACGUUUUUGAGUGUUUUCUCAAAUUAAUCAAGACCAGAGUAAAAUA